AUGCGUGCCCGACGCAGUAAGAAAUACCGCAAAAUCAUGUCCACAUACCAAAUGAGCUUCUCCUUCCGAGAACCCUACCAGGUCCUUGUGGACGGAAACUUCCUCAAGGCCUGCCAUACCUUUCACAUGCCAUUACAAAAGUACCUGGAAAACACACUGCACGGGCAAUGUCGAAUAUUUGUGACGCGAUGUACAUUGGGCAAGAUCAUGCGGGAAUGGGAGAAGGAAAAGGAAAAGCAGGACGGUGGCGAUACACAGAAGAGAGCUAGUAAAGGCCCAGGCCGGCCGGAGUUCCUCCCUCCGCCGACCGAAUUGCCAUUGCGGCAUUGCAAGCACAAGAACGACGCGGGCGAGGAUAUUGGUGUGAUCUCUGAAGCACGGUGUCUUCUCGACCUGCUUGCGGGCCAACCGCAUGGAAACGAACAGGCGAAAAAUAAACAGCACUAUAUUCUCGCGACAGCGGAAGCGGAUGAGCGUGAGCGCAAAGGGAAAGGAUUCAUCGAUGUGAGGGAGCGCGCGCGAAUUAUCCCAGGCGUGCCAAUUGUGUACGUCAAGAGGAGUGUGAUGAUACUGGAGGAAAUGAGCGGUGUUACUGAGGCAGUCAGACGAAAGAAGGAGAAGGAGAAAUUCGGCGAAGGACUCCGAGGGGUGGGAUUAGGGGUUAAGAGAAAGAGAGACGACAACGACGACGAAAGUGAUGAAGACGAAAAAGGGCUGUUCGAUCUGGUGGAAAAUAAAUCCGCACAGCCGAAGAUAAGAGGGCUGAAGAAAGCGAAAGGACCCAAUCCGUUGAGCGUGUUGAAGAAAAGGGUCAAGGCUCAAGGUCGGGGUCAACAACGGAAUGGUGAUAGCAGGGGAUCAGGGCAAGAGCAAGAUCAAGAGUCACGGCGAAAGAAGACGAGGAGGAAACGAGGGGUAAAGAAGUCUGCAGGAGACGAUGAUGGAGGAGGACCUGGUGGUGAACAGAAGUCCGAAGCUGGAGCGCCAGCUGGAGCCUCUGAAGCAUAG